AUCAUGAAUGGCUCAAACAUUAUGAAUGAUAUCGAGCAGCACAUCUCCAGCGUACGACUUGGGGUUCUGUCUCCAACCUCAACUUGUCAUACCUUUGACGAGCGUGCAGAUGGAUUUGGCCGAGGUGAUGGCAUAUGUGCUGUUUACCUCAAGAGAUUCUCAGCAGCCAUUGCGAACAAGGAUCCAAUUCGCGCUGUGAUACGAUCCACCGCUGUCAACAGUAAUGGAAGAAGCCAAGGCAUUAAUCAUCCUAGCUCGAAGGGUCAAGAAGCUGUGAUCAGGGAAGCAUACACCAAAGCAAAUCUAAACUAUGAAGACACAGGCUACUUUGAGUGCCAUGGUACCGGUACUCCGGUCGGCGACCCCAUCGAGGUUCUAUCAGCUGGAAAUAUCUUCGCGCCUGGCAGAACACGGCGAAAUCCUCUAUUACUGAGUUCCAUCAAGACCAACAUCGGCCACACUGAGGGUGCAAGCGGACUCGCAAGCGUGAUCAAAGCAGUAUUGAGUAUUGAGAACGAACUUAUACCUGCGACAGUGGGAGUAGAGAAGCUCAAUCCAGCAAUCGACUUCAGGGAGGGACGCCUCGAGGUUGUCAGAACCACUAUGCCCUGGCCCGAAGGUCUACUCAAGCGAGUGAGCAUCAAUUCCUUUGGAUACGGUGGCGCGAACGCACAUUGUAUCAUUGAAUCUUGCGAUGUACUUCUACAUCCUAGCCAAGCAAUUCCGAGGCCUGUCUCAUUUAGAGACAAUGCCAUUGCGACUGAGCGUCACGGGACUGAAAAUUCUGAUUUCGUGGUCCAGAGAACUCCUCAGAAGCAUCUGCUUGUGUUCUCAAGUCAUGAUCAGCUCACUCUUGAAAGGAACAUCAAUGCACUGGCAGAAGUGGCUGACAAGUAUUCAACGGCAGACAUUGCAUACACUUUGACCAAAAAGACGAAACAUCGCUGCAAAGCGUUUGCGACCACGACCGAAUCAGAUGUGAAAGCGUGCUUCAUGGCGCAGCGGAUACAGCGUGGUCCUGAUUCGAUAUCUGAACCUCUAGUGAUCGCGUUCGUGUUCACCGGGCAGGGUGCGCAAUGGCCCGGUAUGGGCUUUGGACUCAUUCAGCAAUUCGAAAACAUUGCUCUUACAGUACUCCUUCGAUCUUGGGGAAUACAACCAAAAGCUGUCGUUGGACACAGUUCUGGGGAAGUAGCGGCAGCUUUUGCAGCAGGACUACUGACAAUCUCAGAAGCUAUCGCGAUCGCUUAUUAUCGUGGCAUAGCAGUCACAAAGUAUGGCAAACCAGGAGCUAUGAUGGCUGCGGGCUUGGCCCCGAGGAAGUACAAGCCU